AUGCCAGAUCAAGAUAGCAGGAUCGUGUUCUCCAUGCCACCAAACACCAGCACAAAUCAUGCAACGGAUACCCAGACUACCUCUUUUCUUGAUGGAUUGGAUUUUGGAUUUGAUUCAAGAUUGUACCAGCAACAGCAAUUGAAUCCGCAAAUGCACCAACAGCAGCCAAUGCCUGUUCAUCAAAACGAGGGUUUAUACUCGCCUAAUCAGUUUUAUCAAAUGAGUCCCCAGCAGCAACAAAUACAGCAAAUGCAUCAACAGCAACAGCACUAUAUGCCUGUUUAUCAGCAGCACCCUCUUCCUCCUCAUAUUCAUCAUCAGCAACAGCAGCAACAGCAGCAGCAACCACAACAUCAUCAUCCUCAUCAUCAACAACAAGCACAUCAUCAAUUACAUAAUAAUAACCAUAACAACAGCCAAAUACUGCUUCAGAGAUACAAUAGCAAUGGAAGUACUACCAGUAGCACAAACUCACAGCCUUCUUAUCUAUCAAAUUACAGUCCAAUGGCACAUUAUAAUGUAUCGCUCCAACACCAAAAUGAUAGCAACCUGAACAAGAUGCUGUAUGCUCAACACCAUCACCAGCAACAGCAGCAACAUUUACAGCAAUUGCAGCAGCCUCACAACCUACAGAUGAACAAGAAACGCAAGGCCAAUGCUGGUGCAAAUAAUAUAGACUUGUUGGAGGAUCAUUUAUUACAGCAACAAGCAGGAGGAGGUAUUCAAAAGAAAAAGACCAAGGCUAAAAAGAAGAAGGUGCCCAAGGUUGUUGAUCCCAAUGCACCACCUAAACCCAAGAGAAAGACUGGACUGAACAAACCACUCAUCUUGAGUCCAGCAUUAUCUGAGCUGAUGGAUGGCGAAAAGGAGCUUUCAAGACCGGAACUCGUUCAAAAGCUGUGGAAAUACAUCAAAGGCAAUGAUCUCCAGGAUCCUGCUGAUAGAAGAUUUAUCCUUUGUGAUGACAAGCUUAAAAAAAUAUUUGAUCAGGAUCGUAUUAAUAGUUUUGGUAUGAACAAGGAUUUAUCCGCUCAUUUGACGAAAAAGGAAGAGCCUGCCAUCAAGCAAGAAGAGGUGGAGGAAGGUAGCGAGCAAAAAACAGAUACCACUGCUGCAGCAUACACAGCAGCAAACACAACAACCACAACACCAGAUGAACAUGAUGAUACCAAAGACUUGAAUACCGCAGUAUCAGCCAUUACCACUACCAGCGAGGACGUAGCUACCACUGCUGUUGCUUCAAAAGACAACACAAAUACUACGCCUCUUCUUCUCCUGCAAGAAGCCACUCCAUCUGAAGAACCCAUAGUAACUCCAAAAGAAGAAGAUUUUUUAUUGAAUUUAUAA